CCGCCGCGCUCCGCGCCGGGGCUCGGCCCCGCCAUGGGUCGUGCACUGAUGGUCCUCCUCCUGUCUGCGACAGUGUCUCUCCUGGGUGGGCUGAUCUUUGGAUACGAGCUGGGGAUAAUCUCUGGAGCACUGCUGCAGCUGCAGACAGAUUUCCAGCUCAACUGCUUCGAGCAGGAGGUUGUGGUGAGCGCUGUCCUGAUUGGAGCGCUCCUCGCCUCGCUGGCUGGGGGGAUCCUCAUCGACCGCCACGGCCGGAGGAGAGCAAUCCUGGUCAGCAACUUGGUCCUCUUGGUGGGCAGCCUCAUCCUCACCCUGGCCAGGUCAUUCACGGUGCUGGUCAUUGGGCGCAUGACCGUGGGCUUUGCCAUCUCUGUCUCGUCCAUGGCCUGCUGCAUCUACGUCUCAGAAAUGGUGGCUGCUCACCAGCGAGGGCUGCUGGUGUCUCUCUACGAAGCGGGAAUCACCGUGGGCAUCCUGCUCUCCUACGCCCUGAAUUACAUCUUUGCAGACGUGGAUGAGGGGUGGAGGUACAUGUUUGGACUGGCCAUUGCCCCCACAGCCAUGCAGUUCCUCAGCAUCCUCUUCCUCCCAGUGAACCCUGUUAAAUUAAGCUCGUGGGACUCGGACUGCCAGAAGGGCCUCAUCCCUCUGCAGGACACAGAGGACAGAGCAGCAGCAAAGCGAGAGCCCUAUCAGGAGAAGCAUUACUCAUUCCUUGAUCUUUUCAGGAGCAGAGACAACAUGAGAAGGCGGACUCUGGUGGGCCUGGGACUGGUGCUCUUCCAGCAGUUCACUGGGCAGCCCAACGUGCUGGGCUAUGCCUCCAAAAUCUUCCACUCUGUGGGGUUCCAGAGCAACUCCUCAGCCAUCCUGGCCUCGGUCGGGCUGGGAGCAAUAAAGGUGGUGGCCACGCUGGUGGCCAUGGCCUUGGCAGACAAGGCAGGCAGGAGAGUGCUGCUCAUGGCUGGCUGUGUGGUGAUGGCCAUCUCUGUCACCACCAUCGGCCUCUCCAGCCGCACGGCUCCGCUGGCCAUGGCCAGGGACUGCAAAGGAGCCGCAGGCCCCAACACAUCCCACGGCCUCAGCCAGCACCCCCUGGCACCUCUGCUCCCCCAGUCUGCUGUGUCACCUCUGCUCCCCCAGUCUGCUGUGUCACCUCUGCUCCCCCAGUCUGCUGUGUCACCUCUCCCACCGGAGUCAGGGGCUGCCAGAGGUCAGGCAGGCCCUGGUCUGGCUGCCACAAGGAGCCUUACGAAGGUUUUUGCCAGCACUCAAAGCAAAGAGGUUGUUCCUAAUUCUUCCCUCUCUCAGAAAAGGGACUUGGUAGGUGAGUCCAGGAAAGGAACACUGGGAAGCACAGGCCCUCCUCUCAGUGCUGCUCCCCGGGCACAACAUACGGUCUUAAAUUGGAUCACACUGCUGAGCAUGAUGGCUUUUGUGAGUGCCUUCUCAGUUGGAUUUGGGCCAAUGACCUGGCUGGUCCUGAGUGAGAUUUACCCUGCUGGGAUAAGAGGAAGAGCCUUUGCCUUCUGUAACAGCUUUAACUGGGCUGCUAAUUUACUGAUCAGCCUCUCCUUCCUGGACCUCAUUGAUGCCAUUGGAUUCUCCUGGAUGUUUCUUCUCUAUGGGCUGAUGGGAGUGAUGGCUGUUAUAUUCAUUUACAUUUUUGUGCCAGAAACAAAGGGACAGUCCCUGGAGGAGAUAGACCAGCAGUUCUCCAGGAAACGGGUGUGGGAAGGAAAUGUCUUCAAGCAGAGACGUGGAAGAGGAGCGAGCUGCAAACAAGCACAGUACCAGAGAGUGGAGCACUCCAGCAGCACAUGAAACCAGCCAGCUGCCCCAGCAUCGUGUGUGUCUGUAUGUAACACAUAUACAUCGUGUGUAUAUAUAUAUGUAACAAAACAGCUUUGUAUGUGAGGAGUUCCACCAACAGAGGAGCAGGCUGGGCCAUCAGGACACUUCUCUGGUGACCUCUGGGCAGGGACAGUUCUGGUCUCUGGUCAGUGACAGUUCUGAUCUGUGACCAGUGACAGUUCUGAUCUCUGGCCAGUGACAGUUCUGAUCUCUGGCCAGUGGCAGUUCUGAUCUCUGGUCAGUGACAGUUCCGAUCUCUGAGCAGUGACAGUUCUGAUCUCUGGGCAGUGACAGUUCUGAUCUCUGGCCAGUGGCAGUUCUGAUCUCUGGUCAGUGACAGUUCUGAUCUCUGGGCAGUGGCAAUUCUGAUCUCUGGGCAGUGACAGUUCUGAUCUCUGGGCAGGAACAGUUCUGGUCUCUGAGCAGUGACAGUUCUGAUCUCUGGGCAGUGACAGUUCUGAUCUCUGGCCAGUGACAGUUCUGAUCUCUGGACAGUGACAGUUCUGAUCUCUGACCAGUGACAGUUCUGAUCUCUGGGCAGGGACAGUUCUGAUCUCUGGACAGUGACAGUUCUCCCUGCAGUGCUUUAGAUCUGGGAGCACACCAACAGCAUGUCCUUUGGGUCCUUGGAGAAUCACUGUUCCCAGGCAGGGAAUACAUCCUUCCUUGGAUAUAUUUUAAUUUUUCAUCACUUGUGUCUCCUGUCAUUGAAGAGAUUGUUGGUUUUAUACGCGGAAUUAAAGCACGGGUUUUGCUGA